CAUUACCGUACCGUAUGAUCGGAUACUACCACAUUUGUGCAUGAUGGGUGCUCGCAGCUCGACGAGUUUUUUCGUGACAAGCGCUAGAGUGUGUUGCUGAAACAUGUGACGAGGGUCUGUCCAGGUCUGUCGUCUGUCCAGGUCGGUUUUUCGAACUUCUGACGCAGUGGACUUCUUUAAAAAUAGGAGCUACGGUUCGUCGAGGGACACAUCUUCGCACGAGGGACUUACGUAGGCUUUGAAGGCUGAGUGUUGUUCGUGAAAGAACAAUGCUUGAAGAUGUCACCUCGGAAUUAGUCCCUCGAUAUUUUAUCACGUCUCAUGGUUAAUGAAUACGAGAGUUAUGUCGAAGCCCGAUGCUCCAAAAUUCGUCACGGCGCUUUUCUCCUUCAAAGGGAAGAAUAACGAUGAAUUGUGUUUCAAGAAAGGAGAUGUAAUAACGAUAACUCAGGUGGACGAUGAAGGCUGGUGGGAGGGCACGUUGAAUGAUAAGACCGGUUGGUUUCCUUCGAAUUAUGUCAAGGAGUAUAGAGCUCCAGAUAGUAAUCAUGCGUCGAUUAAGACGUCUCCAGAAAGGAGUCCGCAAGAGUCACCUGCGCAUCAAAAACUUAAUCGUGAUAUAGUAUUAAAGGAUAUUGUCGAUUCUGAAAGAGUGAAUGUAGCUGAACUGCAAGGACUAGUGAAUAAUUUUCUACAACCUCUUGAAACAUCAACUAUACUGAAGAAAGACGAGUAUAAGCAGCUACUUGGUAACAUUCACGAGGUAUUGGAGACUCAUCAAUGUUUAUUAGCAAAUUUGGAAGGAACUGUUUUGCAAGGACUCUCUGCAAGAGUAGGAAAUCUUUUUCUAACUAUUGCGCCGAGGCUAAAGUCUAUUCAUACUACAUAUUGUAACAAUCAUCCACAAGCUGUUUGCAUAUUAGAUAGAUAUAGAGAUGAAUUAAAUGAAUUUAUGGAACGCAGUGGAGCAAUAUCACCUGGUAUAUUAGUAUUAACUACUGGUCUUAGCAAACCGUUUCGAAGACUAGAUAAGUACUCUGCUAUGCUUCAAGAAUUAGAAAGAUACACUGAAAAAAAUCAUCCCGACAGAGGAGAUACUCAACGUAGUAUAACAGUGUAUAGAGAAAUCGCGGAUCAUUGCGCUUCCAUACGUAAGCAGCGUGAAUUAGCACUCCAAAUAUUAACUAGUGGAAUCAAAGGUUGGGAAGGUGAAGAAUUAAAUUCAUUAGGCGAGAUUAUUCACGUCGGAUCUGUUACUCUAGCAACUGGCGUAGAUCGUAGAGAUAGAUAUUUUGUUUUAUUUCCUACCACACUGUUGGUACUUAGCACCAGUCCCAGGAUGAGUUCCUUUAUUUACGAGGGAAAACUUCCAUUAACUGGCAUUAAUGUAACUGGAAUUGAAGAUACAGACGAUAUAAGAAAUGCUCUAGAGAUCACUGGACCAAUGAUUGAAAGUAUUGUCGUACUGUGCGCUACAAGGGAAGAAAGACAGCGUUGGAUCGAUCUCUUAAUUCAGGAACAGUGCACUAACCUCUUGAAAUCACCAACCACGCCUCGUCAGACGAGCAAUCAGCCGAACGGAAAGCACCAACGACCGGCGAUGGAGCAUUGUACAUCUCCAGGGAUUAAGACACCUUGGAGUAUUGCAUCACUAAGACCUGCUCCUCCCCUAUAUUCUCUUAAGAAUUUUGGAAAAUUAGAUACUACUACAGAUACAUCACGCUCACCACGAUCAUGCAAUGAGCGACAAUUUGAAGAAGAUGCGAUUAUAUUGAAAGUAAUAGAAAGUUAUUGUCUUUCUGUCAAUGCUAGAUUUACUGUACAUUCUGGAGAGUCUAAUUCAAUGCUAGAUUAUGAAUCACAAAAAUCACGGGACAGGAUAUCAUUAACACAUAACAGAGGCAAUUGGGAAUAUUGUAAUGACAGGACAUUAUCGGAAACAGUUAAAACCUUAAAGAAUCAAAUGACUGACUUACAAUCGCAAAUGUCGCUACUAACAAAACAAUUAGACGAGGAGAGAAGAUCGCGACUCUCAUUAGCUGCUACAGUAAAACGUAGCAUGGGAGUUAUAGACGCAUAAGGAUAUCGAUAACAUCAAAGAAUCACAAGAAAGAAGUGUUCAAAAACAAAUUUUUUACGAUGCUCAUUUCAUACGUGCAAAUUUUAA